AUGAAUCUAUCACAAACGCUACGCGCCCUCUUUGUGGCCCUGGCUGGGGUGCAUGCAGCGGGGAACACCGGGGAGCCUCUCAUUUCAGCUCCAGGAGACACUGCAAUCAUCCCAGGAUGGAGACUCCAAUCCAGCACGCGCGUCUCAGACGAUAUGUCUGGCCUGUCCCAGCCCGGUGCGGAUGUGUCUUCCUGGCAUCAUGUCGGCCCGCGCGGAACAGUCAUGGCUGGGCUUAUCGAAGAUGGCGUGUACAAUGAUAUGGAGUUAUUUUAUUCGGAGAAUAUGAAGCAACUGGACUCGGAGACUGUUUUCCGUUCUCCAUGGCUCUACCGGCAGGAAUUUACACUCAGCCCGACCGACAGCCAACACUUUGCGCUACAGACCCACGGCAUCACCUCCAAAGCCGACAUUUACGUGAAUGGUGAGCUGAUCGCGACGAGCGACGAGCAGCAGGGCUCGUACGGUGGCCACAAGUACAACUUGACCAACUAUGUACAGGAUGGAGCCAACUGCUUGCUUAUCCGGGCCUAUCCGACAAACUAUCUGCGUGAUUUUGCCAUGGGUUUCGUCGACUGGAACCCGUAUCCCGCGGACAACGGUACUGGCGUGUGGCGGCAUGUGGAGAUCUCACAGACAGGCCCUGUCUCAAUGUCUCCUUUCCGGGUCAUCACCGAUUUCAAUAAGGCGGGGCAGAACCAGCAGGUGAAUGUGACGCUGAAAACCGACCUGGUUAACCAAGCACAGAAGACAGUUCAAGUAACAUUAUACGGCACAAUUAGCUCACCGGACGGGUCCCAAGUUGGUCCUAUAACGCAUUCUCUUGAACUACGGCCUGGCGAGAAUAAAACAAUUUCAAUCAGAGUCCCGGUCGAAAAUGCCAAGAUCUGGUGGCCAGCCCGCUGGGGUGCUCAGCCGCUGUACACAGUUCAAGCCAGCGCGCUUGUCCAUGACAAAACCAUGAAAGUGUCGGACAGGACUCGGCCUCAACAAUUUGGUAUUAGACAAGUUUCAUCCUACGUCAACGAGCACAAUGAUAGGGCCUUCAUUGUGAAUGAUCAGCCAUUUCAGGUCCUGGGAGCAGGCUACGGACCGGACUUGUUCAUGCGCUUCGAUGAGACGCGAGUCGAGAAGAUCUUCCAGUACAUGCUUGAUAUGGGGAUGAACACUGUGCGUCUUGAGGGGAAGCAGGAGCAUCCAGAAUUGUAUGAGCUGGCGGACCGGAUGGGCAUGAUGGUGUUGGCGGGCUGGGAAUGCUGUGAUAAGUGGGAGGGCUGGGAGUACAAUGAUGACGCCGCAGGGGCCAAGUGGGGAGAGUCGGACUACCCUAUUGCUCGCGCGGCGAUGCUUCACGAGGCAGAGAUGAUGCAAGCGCACCCUUCCAUGCUUGGGUUCCUUGUGGGCUCGGACUACUGGCCAAACGACCGUGCCACAGAGGUAUAUCUGGCUGCUUUGAAGGAGAUGGAUUGGGAAAAUCCGGUUAUUGCGUCCGCUAGCAUGCGUGGCUACCCGGAGGCCCUGGGACCCUCCGGAAUGAAGAUGGAUGGUCCAUAUGACUGGGUGCCUCCCAACUAUUGGUAUGGCGACAAGGGAGGUGCUGCAUUUGGUUUCGGGUCUGAGCUUGGUGCGGGGGUUGGUACACCUGAGAUGGGCAGUUUGAAGAAGUUCAUGUCCACCGUUGACCUGGAAACCAUGUGGAAAGAGCCAGCGGCGGAUCUAUACCAUAUGUCCCGAUAUGACUCACAAUUCUUCGACCGCUCGAUCUACAACCAAGGUCUUUUUUCCCGCUAUGGAAAGGCACUGGAUCUCGAGGAUUAUGUGAUAAAGUGCCAGAUGGCAGAUUACGAAGCGACUCGGGCUCAGUUCGAGGCAUACUCGGCGCAUCAGAACGCAUCUCGGCCGGCGACUGGAUCGAUCUAUUGGAUGUUGAACAGUGCAUGGCCAAACCUCCACUGGCAGUUGUUUGAUUACUAUCUGAGCCCAAUGGGCGCAUACUUCGGCACCAAAGUUGGCAAUCGUCUGGAGCAUGUUGCGUAUAACUAUGAAACUGAACGUGUGUGGUUGAUUAACCAUUCCCUGGAGCAGGAUGGCGACCGAGAAAUUUCUAUUGAUUUGAUUGAUACCAAUGGAAAGGAGAUUUCCGGAGCCAAGGUCGACACGAGUACGGUUCCCAAUUCGUCCAAGGAAAUCCAGCAAGUGAGCGGGAUUAAUAAGAUCAAGGAUGUUGCGUUCUUGCGCCUGGUGCUGCGCGACACCAAAGCAAACCGUGAACUGAGUCGCAAUGUGUACUGGCUUUCCCCCAAGCCCGAUGUCCUCAACUGGGAUGAGUCCAACUGGUACUACACCCCGGUGACGGACUAUGCCAAUUACACCAAGCUCGAGACCCUCUCACCGGCUAGGGUGAAGGCCAGGGUGCAACCCGUCAAAGCGAAGUCCAAGGACGGCUUGACAUACGCUGAGGUCCAGCUGGAGAACACGUCCAAUGUCCCCGCCGUGUUCCUGCGGUUGAAUGCUGUCAGGUCAUCGGACGGCACUGAGAUUGCACCAGUUUACUGGUCAGAUAAUUAUGUGACCCUGUGGCCCAAUGAGAAGCUUCGUGUGGUAGUCAGCUUUGAAGGCGACAUUACGCAGACAGUCAUUCAGGUAUCUGGUCGAAACGUCGAGAAGCAGGCUUUGAAGGGCUCAAGGUAG